ACACAGGGUGCUUCAUCCUCCAGAGGGAGAGAGGGGGAACGAGCGGCAGAGAGCAGGGACCAGGCAUCUAUAAAUAAACGUUCUGGUGUCCGCACGCGGAGAGAUAUGGCGAAGCCUCGCAAGGCGAAGAGCGAAGACCAGAAGGCGGAGGGCUCAGGCGCGGUGGUGCGCCACCAGAAGCUCUGCCUCUCCAUUGACAUGGACAGGCGUCGGAUUUACGGUUUCACUGAGUUGGAAAUUGUUGUCCCAGAGAGUGGGAUAGUUGGGUUGUAUGCGGAUGAUUUGGAAAUUGAGGGUGUUCUGGUUGAUGGAGAGCCGGCAGAAUUUGAAAUUUUUCCACAUUAUCAGCUUGUGGAAAUAGAGAAUAGGUGGUGUUCAGUGUCCUCAGUUAGUUCUGCUGCCGAUGCUGCAGGAUCUACAUAUAUAUCAGCUCUUGAAAGAGAAAUGGUCCCAAAUUUGUUAAUUAUGUGUUGUAAACCUGACAUGUCAGCGAGUGAACAGCAUGGCCAACCAAAAUCAGAGAAUGGGCUGCAGCCCGCAGACCAACCCAAGCAGAAUGUUAAAUUGGUUCGUGUUGACUACUGGGUAGAUAAAGCGGAGACAGGGAUUCAUUUUGAUGACAAUUUGUUGCUUACUGAUAAUCAGUUACGGCGUGCACACUGCUGGUUCCCUUGUAUGGAUGAAAGUUCACAGCGCUGUUGCUAUGAUUUUGAAUUCACGGUUGCUCACAAUCUUGUUGCUGUCAGCAAUGGAAACUUGCUUUAUCAGGUUUUGAACAAGGAAGAUCCUCCUCGCAAAACAUAUGUCUAUAGAUUAAAUGUUCCAGUAGCUGCUCGGUGGAUAUCUUUGGUAGUUGCACCAUUUGAGAUCCUACCUGACAGCCAUAGUGGUAUGCUUUCGCACAUGUGUUCGCCAGCUAAUUUGUCAAAGCUUAAAAAUACAGUGGGGUUUUUCCAUAGUGCAUCCAGCCAUUAUGAAGAUUACCUGUCUGCAUCAUUUCCAUUUGGAUCUUACAAGCAAGUUUUUAUAACUCCAGAGAUGACAAUAUCCUCAUUUAGCUUGGGUGCCUCCCUGAGCAUCUUUAGCUCCCAGGUUCUAUUUGAUGAGAAGGUUAUUGAUCAGACUAUAGAAACGAGGAUUAAACUUGCCUACGCCCUUGCCAAACAGUGGUUUGGAGUAUAUAUCUCUCCCGAGGCACCAAAUGAUGAGUGGUUGUUGGAUGGUCUUGCUGGUUUUUUAACAGAUUCUUUUAUCAAGCGAUUUCUGGGAAAUAAUGAGGCACGAUAUCGGAGAUACAAGGCAAAUUGUGCUGUCUGCAAAGCAGAUGAUUGUGGUGCAACUGCUUUAAGCUCCUCUGCUUCUUCCAAAGAUAUGUAUGGAACUCAAUGUAUUGGUUUAUAUGGGAAAAUAAGGUCAUGGAAGUCUGUGGCAGUCCUUCAAAUGUUGGAAAAGCAGAUGGGGCCUGAGUCCUUCCGUAAGAUUUUGCAAAUAAUAGUUUUUCGGGCUCAAGAUUCAUCUCGUUCUUUGAGAACUCUUAGCACAAAAGAGUUCCGACAUUUAGCCAAUAAGGUUGGUAAUCUUGAGCGGCCAUUUCUGAAGGAAUUUUUUCCUCGGUGGGUUGGAUCUUGCGGUUGUCCAGUGCUAAGGAUGGGACUGUCCUAUAACAAGCGAAAAAAUAUGGUAGAAUUGGCAGUGUUGCGGGGAUGCACAGCCACACCAGAUUCAAGUGCACCAUUACCCAGUGGAAAUGCUGAUUCUGAAAACUUGGAAGGUGAUAUUGGAUGGCCUGGUAUGAUGAGCAUCAGGGUUCAUGAACUGGAUGGUAUGUAUGAUCAUCCAAUUCUGCCAAUGGCUGGAGAUUCUUGGCAGCUUUUGGAAAUACAAUGCCAUUCAAAGCUUGCUGCUAGACGCUUCCAGAAACCUAAAAAGGGCUCUAAACCUGAUGGCUCUGAUGAUAAUGGUGAUGCUGCAGCUAGUCAGGACAUGCGUUCCAAUACGGAAUCCCCCUUGUUAUGGCUAAGGGCGGACCCAGAAGUGGAAUAUCUUGCUGAAAUUCAUUUUAAUCAACCUGUGCACAUGUGGAUUAAUCAAUUAGAGAAGGACAAAGAUGUUGUUGCUCAGGCGCAAGCGAUAGCAACACUUGAGGCAUUACCACAGCUUUCAUUUUCUGUUGUCAACGCUCUCAAUAAUUUUCUCAGUGACUCUAAGGCCUUCUGGAGAGUUCGAAUUGAGGCAGCAUUUGCAUUGGCUAGUACAGCAUCAGAGGAAACUGAUUGGGCUGGUUUACUCCAUCUUAUUAAAUUUUAUCAAAGUCGGAGAUUUGACAUGAACAUUGAACUUCCCAAGCCAAAUGAUUUUCAUGAUUUUCCGGAGUACUUUGUUCUUGAGGCCAUCCCACAUGCUAUUGCUAUGGUGAGAUCAGCUGAUAAGAAAAGCCCAAGAGAAGCUGUGGAGUUUGUUUUACAACUUUUAAAGUAUAAUGACAAUAAUGGGAACCCAUAUUCUGAUGUUUUCUGGCUUGCUGCAUUAGUCCAGUCAGUUGGUGAACUAGAAUUCGGACAACAGAGUAUUCUCCUUUUAUCUUCUCUUCUUAAGCGCAUUGAUCGGCUGUUGCAGUUUGACAGGCUGAUGCCAAGCUACAAUGGGAUCUUGACAAUCAGCUGCAUCCAGACUUUGACUCAAAUUGCUUUAAAGCUUUCAGGAUUUAUUCCUCUUGAUCGUGUCUUUGAACUAAUUAAACCAUUUCGAGAUUUAAAAACAAUAUGGCAAGUUCGGAUUGAAGCAAGCAGAGCUCUUCUUGAUCUUGAGUUCCACUGCAGGGGCAUUGAUGCCACAUUAUUGCUGUUCAUCAAAUAUUUAGAGGAUGAGCAAUCCUUCAGAGGGCAGGUGAAGUUGUGUGUGCAUGCUAUGCGGCUAUGUCAUAUAAAAGGCCUACAUGAAUCUGAUGGUGAAGUAAAGAGCCAAACCCUUGUGGCUUUGCUUCGGUUGCUAGAAAGCCGCAUGGCGUUCAACAAUGUCUUUCUUCGGCACCACUUGUUCUGCAUUUUGCAAAUCCUUGCUGGAAGGCGCCCUACACUUUAUGGAGUAGCCAGAGAUCAAACAUCACAAAUGGGCCAUGCAGAAACUCGUACUGAACUCAAGAAUAGCAUUGUGGCUCUUUUCAAGCAAGCUAAGCCUCCAGAGAUGCCUGCAGACAUCUCAAACAAUUCACGUGACGGUUUGGCUGUUCCAGCUGCUUCAAAAGAAGCAGAUACUGUUUCAAAUAGUCAUGAACGAAGAGUUGUUAAGAUCAGGGUCAAGCACUCUGUUGCAUCCAGUAGAGCAGAGGAGACCGAUCAUCCGGCAGUUGAAAAAUCUCAAUGUGGGGCAAAUGAAAUGGAUCGUGGGGCCAGCAGUUCCAUUUCUGUGGAUGCGCCACAAAGGAAUUUCACUGAGGUUGUGAGCAUAAGCAAUCAAAUUCUUGAGGAAGUCAACUCUUGUCAUGAUCCUGGGUCUCGGAUGACUGCCAGCAUUGGCAGUGUCAAACAUGCGAGUGAUGGUGAUGAAUUUGGAAGAGAUCUCCAAUGCACAGCUGAUUCAAGCAGAGUUGCUUCACUGCCCCACCCGGAUGAUCCCUCAUCACCCAGCUUUGUCAGAGAUAGUAAUGUAGAUGUAGAUGCUGGUGCACAAAAAUAUGCAAGUCUUCAAACUCUUUCAACUGCGACAGGUCACGAUCUUGAUGGCAGCUCACUGGCAAUAAUGGACCCUGAGCUACAUAGGAAAGAAGAGAAGAAGAAAAAAGACAAGGAGAAGAAACGGAAGCGGGAAGACCGCAAAGGGCACCGGGAUGAUCCAGAGUACUUGGAGCGGAAGCGCUUGAAAAAGGAGAAGAAACAGAAAGAAAAGGAGAUGGCGAAGCUUCUCAGCAAUGAGCCAAAGACAGCAGUUGAGUUGCCCAGUAAGAAAGAGGAAGCUGGAACUAAGCCUGCUGCCCUGCAAUUGAAAGGGACUGAACCCGGUAGAUCGAAAAUAUUGCUUACAAGGGUGGACUCAGUAGCUGAAUCAUCGGAAGGUAGUUCUGUUCACAGAUUUAGGAUUAAAAUUAAGAAUCGGACGCUGAACAAUUCAUAGUGUAUACACAUGGAAUUACACAUUCCAUAGCAUAUUUUUGCUUACAAUUUGUUCAGCCUCACGUGAUAUGCAAUAGUUGAGCCUUAAUGUAAGAAAUCUUAAACGGACGCUUGCUCUUAACUGAAUUUGUAGUUUCUAGUUCUUUAGUCCUAUAUUUGCAUGUUGGUAUUCUUGGUGAGAGCUAUUUGAUCCAUUGGUUCUGUA